AUCACAAUUUUUUUAUUGAUUUAAAACAUGUCUUUGUUUGCCCAGCUACAUCGUUUGAACAAUCUGGUAAUAGGAGGAUACAGAACUGUGCUACACGGAAGAGCAAGCAGAGGAAACUGGCUGAAUCUGAACCAGUCCUUCAGCUAUACAACACGCAAGUCUGCAGAAGAAAGGUUAGGCAUAGAGAAGCCAAAAAGGCCUUUGACUCCAUUCUUUAAGUUUAUGACUCAAAUGCGACCAGCACUGCUUGCCAAGAACCCUGGCAUCACCUCUAAAGAGGCUAUUGCUUGGAGCUCUAAGCAUUGGCAGGAAUUGGAUGCAGAGACUAAAUCACAAAUGACAAAAGAAUAUGAGAAGGACCUAGAGGACUAUAAAAAAAUAAAAAAAAUAUAUGAUGCAUCCCUCACAGAUGAGCAGAAACAAGAAAUCAAGAGAGUAAAAGAAGUAAUGACUGCAGCCAGAGAAAAGCGGAAACUGAAAGCCGAGUACAAAGAAUUAGGCAGACCUAAGAAACCAAUGUCGUCAUACUUCCUGUUCAUGCAAAUGAAAAAAGAUGCACUGAAAGGCAAUAACAUUAAGGAGUUCCAAGAGAAGGUAAAACAAGAAUGGCUUAAACUAACUGAAAAUGAACGAACCAAAUAUGAGAAACAGGCUCAGGAACUUAUGAAUAAGUACAAAAAAGAUCUUGAAGCAUGGGAGCUAAAAAUGGUGGCAAAAGGUAGAUCAGAUCUUGUGCGUGCAAAGCCCAUAGCAGAGAAAAGGAUAAAAUCUACAAAGAAAGCCCAAUAGGAACUCGGGUGCUCUGACAAAACCAAUGACUCACCUAGUGAUAAGAGUAAUGUUAAUUUACAAAGUUUUAGUAAGCUUCAUAUUUCUACUACUCCAGAACUGAUUUCCAACAUAGCUCCAAGUAUUGAUAUGAUUGAGUCAAAUCGUCAGAGCACGGGUGAAAAAUUAGAAUCUAACCAAACCGAAUCUUUGCCGACAAAUGAAGAAGGCAAACAAAGUAAGGCCAUUAUCAGUAGAAUAAAGAGACUAUUUAAGUUUUAGUUGCAAUUCUGUAAUAAUUUCUUUUAUUUUGUUAGUGAUGUUGCCAUUAAGUUGAUGCACUUGACCACAUAGUAUUAUUUUUGAGCCUCUUGUUUUUAGUUUAAGGCUUUUUGAGAAGUUAUAUAAAAAUAGAUGUGUCUAUAAUACUUAUAAAAAUAUUCUUAGUUUCCAUUUUUUAGCUUUGCACCUGAAAGUUGUUAAUAAAAUUAUUAUGGUGUUGUAAAUGUAACCUUAUAAUGUCAAACUUUAAAGUUGAAUCUAUUUUCAGGUUUAAAACCUCGUAUUUUUAUAUAGUCAAUAGUACACUCAACAAAAUACCACUUGUGGUAUGAAUGGUCUAAACUGUUGCACUGAGUAUGCCGUUGACCCGCAUCCCUUAAUGAUGAGAUCUGACUUACCAAAUAGUUUCAUUUUGUCAAUACAAACUGGUUUUUAUAGCACAAUUACUUCUUGUUUUUUCCAGCAACUUUUGGUACAAAGAGAACUCUGCUUUCAAACACAAAGAAAGGAACAAUAUUCCUUUGUUUUUUUAGGACUAUAACUAAUUAUUACAGCUAUGUCAGUAAUAACAAAAAAUAAAUAUAACCCA